AUGGCCCCUCUGGGCGAGACGAUCGCCGUGAUUGACAAGUCCGGCAAAGUCGUGAGCACGAGUAAACACCUCUUUGGCGUCUUCAGUCAAGCAAAGAACGCCUAUCGCGAGCGCAAAGCCCAGCUGCAGUCGGAGCGGAAUGCAAAAAUCGCUGAGGAACAAGCCCUGAGGGCUCUGCAGACAUACACCAUCGAUGACUCACCGUCUCUCGCGCCCUCGCGGCGAAGCCAUCGCAGCCACCGCACCAGCCGCAGCCACCACCAUCGCCAUGGCCGGCCACCCUCGCAGUACGAGCAGGACCUGCACUCGGUCGUCUCGCGGCCGGACUCCCACUACUGCCGCCCGAGCGAUAUGGUCCGCCGCCACACGCACCACGAUAUCACUGUGCGCGAACCCGACGGUCGACCAGCAACCAGCCGGUCCAAGUCGGACGCACACAUCGACAUGGAUCUGGCGUACGGAGACUUCCACCCGUCGGUGCUCACCCGCCAGCCAACGCACCCGCCCGCGGGCCAACUGCAGAAGCUCGACGACCCCGAGCUGAAUGGACUGGUCGACCGGGCGCAGUGGCUGCUGGAGGAGGCGCACUGCGUGCAGCACUCGGCGACCGCGACCAUCGCGCAUCUCCAGAAGAACCCGGACGCGAUGGCGGCGGUCGCGCUCACGCUCGCCGAGAUCAGCAACCUCGCCUCGAAGAUGGCCCCAGCUGCCUUGUCCGCCUUGAAGACCGCUGCGCCCACCGUCUGGGCGCUCCUCGCCAGUCCCCAGUUCCUGAUCGCCGCGGGCGUCGGGCUCGGCGUCACCGUCGUCAUGUUCGGCGGGUACAAGAUCAUCAAGCAGAUCCAGUCCGCUGGCGGCGGCGGCGGCGACAGCAUGGAGCCUCCGCAGCGCGGUCAGCCCAUGAGCAUGGAUGACAUGAUCGAGUUCAACCCUGACUGUCUCAGCGGCGUGGAAAUGUGGCGGCGCGGUGUGGCCGACGCCGAAGCGGAGAGCGUCGGGACGUCGGUCGACGGCGAGUUCAUCACGCCCACGGCGGCGGCGAUGUCGGGGAUUGAUGUGACGACGGCGCGUAUGACCCGCGAUCCGCGGUUCAAGUUUGACGACGAUCGCUCGAUGGCGUCGUCACGGCGGUCGCGGCGGUCCCGGGCGAGGGGCAGCUCGCGGGCUCAUACCCGGGUGGAUGAGCCGCGCUCGACGCGGUCGUUUUUCGGUCGGUCGAAGGCUCCCUCGCAGGCGCCGUCGAGGGCUCCGUCUAAGAGCGCUUCGAAGGCCCCGUCGAGGGUGCCGUCGCAUGCGCCGCCACGGGCGGAGUCGCGCCAUUCAUCAAAGGAGGACAAGCCGAAAGAAAAGACGAAACGCUCUAGCCGACUUCGCCUGAUGUUUACGGCUUGA